GAAGGAGGAGGAUGAUGUUGUUGUAAAUCUCGUGAACGCACGUAGUCAGGUGAGCCAUGGAGCUUCAGCUGUGUUAAACAGUGAACUCUCACGAAAUGAACUUUGCACUGUGGUGGUUUUUGUGGACAUUUUUCUGCCGUCGUUGUGACCGCACCGCUCGGGCAUUACCUGAGGUAUGUGUCCUGCUGUUUCCCUAUUAUGUUAUAUACGGGCUGAAACGGUGAUAUCUCAGUGGAUAUCAGUGUUAAAUAAAAGCGUUGAGCAAGAAGGAACGACCCACUAGCAAGCUGAGGCGAGAAAUGGUCCGCAUAAUAAUUGACCACGCAAUGAAGACCUGUGACCGUCCUUUGCGAAAGCAUUUAGCAAUAAUUUCUCGAGAGAUUGUGUCUCAGUACCCGUCCUCCUUCCAAGACUCUUUUGAGGGCACAGUGGUGGGCACCGGGUAUGAUUCUCUUUUGAAUCAACUUGUCUUCAGAACAGAAAACUGUAUCCGUUCAAGUCGGAACUGUGGCACUUUUCGAGCAGGAGGACUUCAUAGGGAUUCCAGUAGGUAUGGUUGCACCAGUCGACAGUCAGAUGACAUCGACGAAGAAGUCAUGACAGAGAAGAAAGAAUCUUUGAAAUCUUUGUUUGUAUCAAAAGAAGGCCAACGAGACAUUGUAGUUGAGGAAAUGAAACUGACCUACCCGUUGCAAAGGAAAAUGGUCAAUUCCAGUAUGACAACACGUGAACUACUGAAAGAGUGGCCAUAUCUUUUUGAGUCUGAUGGGCUGUUCGUUCACUUCAAAGAACUCGUUGGGGUUGAUGUCGCCCAAGUCCUCCCAACGGCGUUCAGGGAAAAAGGGAACAACGUUAUAAAGUUUGCAAAGCAAGACAGCGAAAUAACGGACACAGUCAUCGAAAUUUUUGAAGCGUUGGAAAAAGCACCAGGAUCAGAGCCACAAAAUGAGGCAGUUGCAGUGACACUUCUUCUCCUGCACUUCCUGAAAGAACCUCAAGAUGCUGUCAUUCUGGCUCGUGAGGAGUUCUCCACAGUACGUGAUAUUGAGAACUCGUUGCUUCCAGUCACGCCUCGGAUUAUUGCGCUCGGUGAUUCGCCAUGGGCAGACUCCUUCAUGAUAACUGUAGACCACACAGUUGUUGUAGACCACGUGCCACAUUUUAUAACUGCAGUUGGUGUCUGGUUCUCACUGCACUAUGUUCUUAACCUGGUAUAUGCUGAGGAGAGCCAAGCAUUUGCUGAAUUCCUCCAAAGGACAUUUCUUGGCAUAAAUCCCGAUAGAGGCUCUAGGGCACAAAAGCGUCAAAAAACACCCGUCAACAAAAAAGUGCUCCGUCUAGUAGACAAGCUUUCAACCUUCGAAUGGAACGUAUAGGGUUCCAAGAUGUACGUGAACUACUACAGCCGACCUUACGUCAACAAGUCAUGGGUGCACAUGUUCCUUGUUAUGAUGUUCAUUUGACAAACGAAACAAAACAAAAACGUGUUUUGAUGUCAGAGCUUGACUGAUGGUUGCACAUGGCACCUUCUUACGUUCUUUUGAAAAAUAAAACUUGUUUGGAUGUCAGAGCUUGACUGAUGGUUGCACAUGGCACCUUCUUAUGUUCUUCUUUUGAAAAAUAAAACUUGUUUAGAUGACAGAGCUUGAUUGAUGGGUGCACAUGACUCCUUCUUGUGCUGUUCUUUUGAAAAAUAAAACUUGUUUAGAUGUCAGAGCUUGAUUGAUGGGUGAACAUGGCUCCUUCUUGUGCUCUUCUUUUGAAACAUAAAAUGGGUUUUGAUGCCACAGGUGAUUGGCCAGGAUUUUGACCACUAUGUCCAUAGAAAAUAAAUCUCAAUGUGACAAACACCACAA